GACAGUUUCCUGCAGCAGGAGAUCCUGUCCAAAAUGUCCAUGUGCCAGUUUGCCCUCCCUCUGCUGCUACCCGCCCUCGACACCCCCAAGUGCACGCUAAUGCUGUGGGCCAUGAGGGACAUUGUGAGGAAAUGGAGGCCGCACUCCCUGGCAGACAGCAGAGGGUUCAGAGAGGAGAGCCUGGUGCUCACGUCACUGCCAACUAUUUCCUUUGUGCGGCUGGGGAGCUGCAGCUUCUCCAAGUCCAGACUCCUCAAUGAGGUUCUCAGUCCCUCCCAGCAGCACCACAAUUUCUUUAUCCAUCAGGACAUGGAGUCUGGGAACAUCCCUCGGGAAAUCGCAGAUGGGCUGGUUGAGAUUUCCUGGUAUUUCUCUGGGGAGAAGGAGAGUUCAGAUCUUUUCCUAAAGCCCGUUGCAGUUACAAACCUGCGUGGAGACAUUGAGUCUCACUGGCUACAAUUUAGCUUUUUAACAGCGGUCUCCUCAGCAGUGUUCAUAGUUACUGAGGGCAUCAGUGAGAGAGAAUACGCACUGUUAUCAUCUCUGCAGGGAUCAGCCACUAAAUAUUACUUCAUCUUUAAUAAUCAGGCUGUGAUGUCCAAGGAAACACUGUUAUUCCUGAAAAAGUUGGCCCUGGUGCUGAAACUGAACAACUCCCAUGUGCUGCAGAAAGGACGUGCCACAAAUCAGGCAGCAUAUGUAAAAGCUGUACAGUCUGCAAUAGCAGCCGUAAUGAGAUCUUCUCCCAAGAGAGUGAGUAUAGAAGCCAUGGCUGAGACAGCGCGUCAGUUAGGCAUCCAGGUAGAUGAGGAUAAGAAGAAAUGCCAGAGUGCCAGUGAAUAUGCAAAGGAAAUCACUGUACACAUAAAAGAUGUGGCAAAGUACAAGAGGGAAAAGCUGAGACUCCAGGGGGAGACAUGGAAAAACUUGGCUGAAGUGGAAAAAGAGCUGUGCCAAAUGAGAAAGCAAGGAAACAUCCCUGUGGAGAAAUACAAGUCUCAACUGAAAGAGAAAUUAAUAGAGUUACGUGUUCAGCAGAAUAAGCAUGACCUGACUGAUGGUUUGACUACAUUUAUUACUGGACUAGGCCUACUGCCUCCCGAGGAGAAACAUUACUUCCUGAAAUGGAUGAAGUUUGACCUGGAUCACAUUGCUCGGGAGAAUCUUUCUAAACUACGGGAUCAAUAUAAAGAGAAAUGCAAAAACUCAAAAGAUGACCCCAAAAUGUUUGCAGAGUUAGACAAAUUAAUCUCUGCCAGUUCCUUAGGAGUAGAGCAUUUCAUGCGUGAGUUGGGGCAGUUCUACGAGGCUGAACACACAAUG